UUGUAGUUAUUAAUAAAGUUUUAUUUGAAGACGUCAUCAUUGAGCGACAGAGUUUUUUUCUCCUCUGUUGUCCUAGCAGGCUUAUUAAACAGGAAGCUUCUCUUUUCUCAGAUUUUUCUGCCCUGAUGACGGCGUGCACUCGCAGCAAAGUGUUGUCUCUGUACACUCGCGUUUUUCGCGUUGCCCGGACCUGGCAGGCACAGAGCGGCGUUAAAGCGGACACAGAGACUGAGAGAAAGUACAUUAAACAAGAGGCCCGCACUCUGUUUAGACAGAACCAGCAGCUCACAGAUCCAGAAGUGAUAAAGACCCGCAUAGCAGAAUGUGAGGCGAGAUUAGACAUAGGCUUGCAUUAUAGCAAUCCAUAUCCAAGAGCUACAUACCUGCCGCCACUUGGACUGGCCACUCUGAAGGGCAGGAACCUGGGAGUCCAGCAGCGUCUCAGGAAACAGGCCAAACCAAUUUACUUGCAGUCACAUGAUGAGACUUGAUGGCUGGUAUCCUCAAUCCUCAUCUAGAGCUCAGGUUACAGAGGACCGGAAACAGACAUGGAGACAUCAAAUCAUAUUAUGGCACUAACUUAGAAGCUCAUGAAUACUCCUCAUUAAGAAGAAAGAAGUUAAUUCUUGACUGCUUCUAUUUUUCCCCAGUAUGUAGAUGUAAAUAAAUGUUAAAAUGUCUGUAACAGAUUCUGUAAUGUAUUUAUCAUCAUGUCUACUUUGUUUAUAUGAGAAAUACAGUGUUCUGAUGUCAAAAAUC